GCGCUGCAUGACGGUACGGUGUGCAUAUAUCAGGGCCCAACUGAGUUCAUUUUUGUUAUUUGUUAUCAGAUUUGGAUGAUUUUUUCGAUGUUUAACAUUUUCUCGGUGAAUUUUACUUUAUUUUUAUUAGAUAUAAUAAUUUUCAGCCAAGAGUGUGGGGCCUAGCGCCCCCCCCCCCCCCCCCUACACGGCUAGCUCAGACCCAGAGCUCAGUCAACUUUGGCAGUGCAGUGCAUGCCAUAUGCAGUAGUACAUAUACCCCGGAAGUGAUGGUGAGUCAACAUGCUAGACUUGUACCGGUACGUAGCUAGUUGUAGCCUGUGCAUGUGACCAACAUAAGUUACCGUACCCGACAUCGUUUGCGCAGGAUCCAAAUAAUAAUAUAUUUCAUCGAUUCUGUGAAUUGUAGGCUGUACUGAAUGUGUGAGCUGCCUGUUUGCAUAGACAAGCUUAGUGGUUGAAGGGAUUAUCAGUAUGCCAGGACAGGUGUAUAACAUUCCUAUCAUUCAGCCUGAUCUCAGGCGAGAAGAAACCAUACAUCAGAUUGCUGACACCCUAGAAUACCUGGAGAAAAUUGCAAAUGACGUAUUUGACCGCAUUGAGAAAAGGGUGACUGACAAUCACUCACGGUUAACGGACAUCAACAAGCGACUUGACGUUGCUCAGGCCAAAGUUGACAAGAUUAAGAACAGUCGUAAGGCUAUAAAGAUAUUCUCUAGUGCUAAGUAUCCCGCACCAGAAAAGAAAGAUGUUUACCAGUCUGUAUUUGCAGAUAACACAGACUUGUCAAGUAUUCCUAGACCAUCUCGUAAGCUGGCUAGCAAGCAUCAGACAUUAGACAGUAGAGCUUUGAAAGAAAAGCUACAGUUUUAUAAUGUGCAAUUGAAUGUGAGGAAGAAAGAUAAAGAUGGAGAAAAUACUUGGGAAGGCCUAGGAGGUCUUCCAAGGAACAUUGAAUCAAUAACGUCAUUGCUUCUGUUCAACACUAGUGAAAAUCCAUACAAGAAAUAUGUGAUGAUUGAUCCGUUGGGUGCAGUCACAAAAACAAGAAAAUCAAUUGAAGAUGAGGAGCAACGGACAGAGAUGGGUCAGGCACCAACAACCAUCUUACAUGGAGAGCAAUUAGAUCAUAACAUUGGUGACAGAGAUCCCUUUAAAUACACUCCUCAUCUUGGUGACGUACCAGUUCUUGAUGUGCCUAAUGUUCUCCCUGAUCUAACAGGUAUUGCUGAUGAUGUGAUCUUCCAGUCUGAGCUUGAAGGGUCAAUUGCUCCUUCUCUCCCUGGAGCUCAUAUCCCGGAGCUUCCCAGUGUAACACCCCAACCAAGUAAUCUUCCUGCUUUACCUGCUCCUGAAGGACCUAGUAAUGUUCCUGCAAUCAUGCCCCCAGGAGCAGCCCCAGGAGCACCACCACCACCCCCUCCACCACCCCCACCAGAAGUAGCAGCACCCCCUCCACCUCCCCCACCACCACCUGCAGCUGUUAGUACUGCAGCUGCUGCUCCGGCUCCACCUCCGGUAGCACCAACUGACACCGGUAGAUCAAGUCUUCUUGAGUCCAUCAGGAAUGCAGGUGGUGUGAAGAAUCUGAAGAAGAGUGUAAGAGAGAAAAAAAUAGAGAAGAAGCGUGAGAAAGAGCAGGCGCCACCCUCUGGAGGUGGAGAUUUAAUGAGUGAUCUAUUCAACAAGCUUUCACUUAGACGAAAAGGAAUCUCAGGAACCAAGCAAGCUGGAGGAGGAGGAGGAGGAGGAGGUGGAGGUGGAAGAACAGAUGACUCUCUUCCUAACAUCAACCAACCACCGCCACAAACAGGUGGUGCAAUGAACAAGCUAGCAGCUAUGAUACCUCCUCCUCCUAGACCAAUGGGAGGAGGUGGUGUAGGAGAUGAUGAUGAUGAUUGGGAAUAAACUCAAAAUGAUGGUCAAUUCACACCAAGAAUUAACCAUCUUCAAACCCCCAGAUUUUUUUAAAGUAUAUAACUCAAUUACUCAACAUGCUGUUUAAAGUUCCAUUUCUUUCAUCAUCAUGUUUUAUUGAGCAAUUACUUGAAUUUGCUUUAUUGCUGUAGAAGAAUAUAUUAUACAUUAUUACCUGCCUAGAAAUCGAGUAUGACAUUUCAUUUUCCAGGAGGAUUAUAUUAUGCUCAAAGUGCACAACAUUGAGGGAAAGUAUUUUCUUGAGGGGAAAAUACAGGUUUGAAGGGGAAUUGAAAUGUUAUUUGUAACAGGUCAAGUCCACCCCAGAAAAAUGUUGAUUUUAAUCAAUAGUGAAAAAUCAGACAAUCAUAAUGCUGGAAAUUCAUCAAAAUCGGAUGUAAAUAAGAUUUUUCACAAAAUAGUGUAUGCAUAAUUUAAUCACAUGCAAAUGACGGAGUUGAUGAGGCCCCUCACUUACUAUUUCUUUUGUUUUACAAUAUUUUAAUUUUUACAGAUUUCACAAUAAGGACCAACUUGACUGAACCAUAAAAUGUUAAACAAUGGUAAAUCCACAUGUUCAGGGGGAAUAAAACUUUGUUUCAGAGUAGAAAAUUAGAAUAUUUCAUGUGAUGAAAUACACAAGAAAUAGUGAGUGAGUGAUCAGUCCCCUCAUUUGCAUACAGACCGGGAUGUGCAAUUGUGCAUAUAACUGUAUGGUGAAAUUAAGCAAAACUUAAAAAUGUCAAAACUUUUUAUUUCAGAUCCAAUUUUGAUGAAAUUUUGAGAUUUUUCUCUUUUUAUUUAUUAUUUAAAUCAACAUUUUGUUUGGGUGGAUUUGUCCUUUAAAGAGAUAGACUAGGUACUGGUAGUAUAUUUUAGAUUUGCUUUCAGUGUCUUCAUUACAGUUGUUUUCAGCCAAUCGAAAUCAAGAAAAGAUGUCAGAUCUGAUAUCUUUUCAGAUGAAAAUGUCGAUGAAACAUUCCCUUGAUAUGUCUACGUCAUAGAAUAAUACCCCCUGCCCCCCCAAAAGAAAGAAAUAAAGCAUACUGAAAAUUACAUCCUUAUUAAAAGGAUGUAAGAUAUGAUUAUAUUACAAAAGUAUUGAAAUUCAUUUUUAAAAUUGAAUAUUGGAAAUUAUUUGUCCACGAAUAUGAAAGAAGUAAAAAAUACAAGUAAGCUAAAUUUACUAACAAUUUCUUUACAGCAUAACAGUUGCCUGCUGGUGCAAAAAUACUGCUUAAAUAAUUACCUAUAUCAAAUCAACCUUCCAUGUUCAGUCUAAUCUUCAAAACAGGAAAUAAUUUUCCUUUCAUCGCAUCACAAUUUGCUCCACAUUUUUCAAAAUCUUCACAAAACGUCUUUUGUGUAGAUUUCUGUCAUAGGACUAUACUUUACAGACCAAAUAUGCUAAUUUAAUUUGGUAAGCAAAAUCAUUCCCAGCCAAGUCACAUCAAUGUUUUAGACCAAGCAAGUUUGCAUAAAACUAAUUCAAAAUAGAUAAAAGUCCCUAUGAUAAAUGGGCAAAUUACCAUGACAGAACAGUUGAUUUCGUAGAGCAGUUGAAAGACUAUAACAAACUUAAUGUUUACCAUUUGAAUUUAGUGGAAGUAUAAACAGAUCUUUGUGGUCUCUAAACAUUUGAAAUACUGUGUAUGCAUGGGAUGGGUUUGAUAACUUAUUCUCAUGACUUCAUCGAAUUCCAUUUAAUAUUCUAAUUUUACUCAGGAAUGUUCUGUUCAAAUCAUAAUAUGUGUGCCUUAUUCUUUAAUAUAUUACCCAAGGACUUUUCAAACUUCUGCAAUAAAUUACUUAACUUGUAAAUAGAACAAAUAAAGAGUCUGACACACACAUUCUUAGAUGAUUGAGUUGAAAUGAUGAAAUAAAUUGGUAAAGUUGCAUGGUAAGGAGUGUAUCAUUCUCAUCCUGUAUUGUAUACUGAGUGUACAGAAGGACAAAUGGUGUUCUGACUAUUUAAUUGCACUUUUUUGUUGUUGCUAUGUUUACCUUUUCUUUAACAAAUGGUUUAAACUAACUGUGUAGGAAAGUAAAGGGUGUACAAGUCUUAAUGAAUAUUGCACAUGCAAACCUUUGUUUUUUAUUGCAAACAUGUGAGUCACAUGAACAGGUUUGGCUGUUUCACUUUAAACAUAAUUUUUCAGGGACGUAUCAAAGGUCUGUGUCAAUGGUCUGAUCAUCUGAUGUGUUUUGAUUACCCAAAUCUUUCUAAAGUGUAAAUCUACAUUAUGAAGAGAUGGCAAGAAAAUAAAUGCAGUGAUGCCCAUUAAAUAUGAACUGUUAGUGUAAUAUAAAACUUCCUAACUCCAAUAUAGACAAAUAAUAAAGGAGUAUGAAAUUCUGUGUUAGGGUUAUGCUAUUCUUUCAUUUUUAUUUUUUACUAAGAGUUUGAGUUUAAGUUUGAGCUCACAAUCUUGGUAUUGUAAUAGUUAAAAUACUUACGAAGGAGAGAUGGUGCUUCAAGAAUUUAAAGUUUGUAAAAAAAACACAAAAAAAACAACACAAUCUAAGAGCAAGUUGUAUGGUUUUUGGAACCAGUACAAAUUUGUGUAUACAUUAUCUCUAGUUUGAUUUCAACGCGAUAUUAUCAAUGUGUUUUGUUUGUAUCUGAUGGAAAGCUCUUAUAUGGUUGUUAUAGAAAGAUAUAACAUACAACUUUGGAUUUUGAAUAGUUUUCAAUCAUCUUUAUGUUAGCCAAUAUUUGCUGCACUUGACCCAGGUGAGGUGAAUGGGUACCGGUAGGAGGAAAUUCCUUGAAUGCUUGAGCUCCUGGUCAAGGUAACCGUGCUAAAGCCAGGGUAAUAAUAACAUUAUCAUGUUAAGCAGGGCCCGCUGGGAGACAAGUUUUCGGAACUGAAGUGGCUACCCUGGGUAAAAUAUGACAUUAUUAUUAACAAGGGGCAGGGAAAGUUGUUGUUUUAGAAGUUAAAGUCUGUCUUCAGUUUCAGUAAAUUUUUUAAUGCAUCUACCCCAAAACAAUUGUGUGAAGGAUAUAAACUGAAAAUGUGUUCAUUUGAUAAAUAUGCUGAUUUUACACCAGGAUUUAAUUUCACCUGUUGCCCGAUCAAAACAGAAUAUCUGCAUUUUUUGUCGUUUGUAUAAAAUACAUUCUCAUGCAUGAAAUGGGCUCAUAAUUUAAGGAUAUAACUCUGCUAGUAGGUAUUUAAUUUCUAAUUACUAGAUAAUAAAGUAAGUGCUCAAUUGGCUAUUUUAGAUAUAAAUUAAACAUAUAUAAGAGAGGGUACUAUAUUUAGAUUUAAAUCCUAACAGCUGGAAUAAGGCCAUAUUUCUAAUUGGUAAAAUUGCAUUCAAUGACUAGUAUGCCUUUUAUUUGAGUAUAGUACACAUUAUUGACACUUUACCAAAACUUCAGACAGGCUUUUGUGUUACAACACCAUAAUGUUGCAAAAUAAUCUUUCUUCUGAAGAUCACAAGAUCAUUAUGAUAUGCGAUGUAUGAAAAAUAUAUUUAAACUAUUGUUUUCCUCAAUCGAAUGUUAGGCAUAGUAGAGUUAUAUCCCACCUCUCAUGAUAUUUUUAGUCCAUUGCUUACCUUUUUCUUCCUUCGUUCUCCUUUAAAACACAGCUUGGGGGGGGGGGGCAGUCGCACACCCUCUCCUGUAGCGCCACUCCCGAUACUUGUUUGAGCUCAUGGUACCUUAAAAAAGGGACUCUUUUAUAGUCUUUAAUAUGGUCCUGUAUUCAGAUAUGCAAAUAGUUUUGUUUUUUUAGUAAGAUUCCAUGUUAUACUUUGUUUGUAUAUACAGAAUAAAGAAAUCAAUUUAUAAACAUGAAUAUUCACAAUGUUAAACAAAUUUUAUGUACUUGCCAAAUUAUGUUUGUAUAUUGUACAUGAUAUAUUGCAUGUUCUAUCUGAAUUAAUUAUCUGAAUAAUCCUAAAGAGCAAAAUAAAUUUACAAAUCUAUGUAAAUAGACUCGCAUGAUAAUGUAUUGGUCAGAAUGAAUUUAAUUGUUUUGAUAGAUGUACAUGCAAAUGUGUUCACAUAUACACAUAGAAAGUCAUUAGAGAUUAUGAGACAGCCCACACCCCAUUAAUUUGAGGAAAUUAUUUUUUCUAUCUUUAUUUUAUAAAUCAAUUUAAUUCAUUUCAUAAAAUAGCAUCAAAAUGUUUGUUCACACAACUCAUGUGCAUCCACAAACACAUGUAGGAUUGAAGUAGCAUAUCUGAACAAGCCUUCAUUACUAGUAGGUGAUUGAUUGAACUGUCUUUUAACAUGAAAUUAUGUAGUAUUUAAGUAAAAUAUGUGAACGUCCCACCCACAAAGAAAAACAAAACAAAACAAAAUAACUUGAGGAGAUAAUAUUGUUCCACCAAACAUGAAGUGUUUAUGAUAGUGUGAUAAUAAGAAAUUUGUGAUUUCAUAAAAACAGAAGAUAAAUCUGUAUAAUUAUGAGAACUUAUUAGUUUUCUUUUUCAUCAAGUCUGGAAGGUUAAAAGAUAAUACUGUAUGUGGUUGUGGAGGAGUGAAAAUGUAAUUGUAAAUAUAUAUUAUUUGGUGAUGGAA